GCAAGGAGAGACCUGAUAGUGAACUGGAUCCGUACUGAAGAACUUAAAGUCCAAGAGAAACCGGAGCCGAGGAGAUGAAGGACUUGGAGCCGCCGGUCUCUGGGCGGACCCGGGCCAGAGCAGCUGGACCCAGAGUCUGGAUCAAGAACCAAGCGGUUCGAGUGGGACUCGCUGAAACCCUGUGCACAUAUGUCAUGAUGGUGCUGGGCCUGGGGUCCGUGGCCCAGGUGGUGACGGGGCGGGGCGCGUUCGGCCAGUACCUGAGCAUCAACGUGGGCUUCGGACUGGGCGUCGCCAUGGGGGUCCAUGUUGGAGGGAAGGUCUCAGGCGCCCACAUGAACGCCGCCGUGUCCUUCGCCCAGUGCGUGCUGGGCCGGCUGCGCUGGCGGCUGCUGCCGCUGUAUGUGGCGGCUCAGCUGCUGGGCUCCUUCCUGGCUGCGGGGACCGUCUACGGGGUCUACUACGAAGCCAUCCACGACUUCUGCGGAGGGAACCUCACCGUGACGGGCGCCACGGCCACGGCCGGGAUCUUCGCCACCUACCCGGCACCCUACCUGUCGCUGCGGGCCGGCUUUCUCGACCAGGUGUUCGGCACCGCCGUGCUGCUGCUGGGCCUCACGGCGCUGGCGGACCGGAGGAACCAGCCGGCGGCGCCGGGCGGCGAGCCGCUGGCCGUCGGCCUGCUGGUGCUGGUCAUCGGCGUCUCGCUGGGCAGCAACAGCGGCUACGCCAUCAACCCCACCCGAGACAUCGCGCCCAGGGUCUUCACCGCCAUCGCCGGCUGGGGGGGCGAGGUGUUCAGGUCGGGCAGCGGGUGGUGGUGGGUGCCCCUCGUGGCCCCCCCCAUCGGGGGGGUGCUGGGUGCAGGGCUCUACAGGCUCCUGGUAGAGAUGCACCACCCCCCCCUCCCCCCCCAGCGGGAGACGGUAGAGGAGAGAUUCCCUCUGGAGGGACCAGAGAACAUCUGCACUGAUGUGUGUGUCUGAAGCCCCGCCCCCCCCCCUACACACACACACUGUGUCUGAAGC